GGCCCGAGUACUGAAAAUUCCAGACUCUAAACCCUAGCAAGUAGCAAGACACUCAAGAAAAACCCAGUUCUUUCAUCACAACACAAACAGAUAAAAGAAAAGGUUCUAAAACAGAAAAACAGAGAAAAAAAACAAGGAAAGAAAGAAAAAGAGAAGAUGGAAGUUGAAGCAGUCGCAGCAGCAGAGGUAGGCAUGGCGGAAGAGAGAGAGCAGAGCCACCGCGUCAUAUGUCAGCUCACGGACACGGAAGGCACGCCGCUCGGAUCGCCAAUAUUCCUGCCGGAAACCGCUGGCCCUAAGGAACUCCAGCAGCUCGUUAAUCAGCUUCUCAACAACGAGGAAAAAUUGCCUUAUGCAUUUUAUGUGUCGGACCAUGAGCUUGCGGUGCAGCUUGGGUCAUACCUUCAGAAGAAUAAAGUGUCCGUGGAGAAGGUCAUUACAAUAGUUUACCAGCCCCAGGCAGUAUUUAGAAUACGUCCAGUGACUCGAUGUUCUUCAACUAUUGCUGGUCAUACUGAAGCUGUGCUUUCUGUUGCCUUUAGUCCUGAUGGACGCCAGUUGGCUAGUGGAUCAGGUGAUACAACUGUUCGUUUGUGGGAUUUGAAUACACAGACACCAUUAUUUACAUGUAAAGGACACAGGAACUGGGUUCUUUGUAUUGCAUGGUCUCCAGAUGGUAAGCAUCUUGUUAGUGGAAGCAAGGCUGGAGAACUGAUAUGCUGGGACCCACAGACUGGCAAAUCAUUGGGCAAUCCACUUAUGGGGCACAAGAAAUGGAUAACUGGAAUUUCAUGGGAGCCAGUUCAUCUUAGUGCUCCAUGCCGCCGCUUCGUCAGUGCAAGUAAAGAUGGUGAUGCAAGAAUAUGGGAUAUUGCUUUAAAAAAAUGUAUAAUAUGCCUUACUGGACAUACACUGGCCAUAACCUGCGUAAAAUGGGGAGGCGAUGGAUUCAUUUAUACUGGAUCUCAGGAUUGUACGAUUAAAAUAUGGGAGACUACACAAGGAAAGCUAAUUCGAGAAUUGAAGGGCCAUGGGCAUUGGGUGAAUUCAUUGGCAUUGAGCACUGAGUAUGUUCUCCGGACUGGUGCCUUUGAUCACACUGGUAAACAGUAUUCAUCUCCAGAGGAAAUGAAGCAGGUUGCUUUGGAAAGGUAUAAUAAGAUGAGGGGCGGUGCUCCUGAAAGAUUGGUGUCAGGUUCAGAUGAUUUUACUAUGUUUCUAUGGGAACCUGCUGCCAGCAAACACCCCAAAAAUCGUAUGACUGGUCAUCAACAGCUUGUAAAUCAUGUUUACUUUUCUCCUGAUGGGCAAUGGAUUGCAAGUGCCUCCUUUGAUAAAUCAGUCAAAUUAUGGAAUGGAGUAACUGGAAGUUUCGUGGCUGCCUUCCGUGGUCAUGUUGGACCUGUUUAUCAAAUAAGCUGGUCAGCUGAUAGUAGACUGCUUUUGAGUGGAAGCAAAGACUCGACACUUAAGGUUUGGGAUGUUCGAACGCAGAAGCUGAAACAAGAUCUUCCAGGACAUGCAGAUGAAGUGUUUGCAGUUGACUGGAGUCCAGAUGGUGAGAAAGUAGCAUCUGGUGGCAAGGAUAAAGUUCUGAAGCUAUGGAUGGGCUAGAGACAUCACUAUCAUAUACAGCAUUUGACCAGAAAUUGAAUCGCUGUUGCAUGCAUCUUACACAACAAGAGAUCCAAGCAACAAUCACAAAGAGAUAUACUCCUUAGAUGCUGUCUGGCUGUUGUGUUCUAAAUUCUUGUCCGUUCAUUUCGUCGCAACAGCAGUUUUGCACAUAUGCAAGUAUCUUCUUCUGCCCAAUGCCAUUCCAAUUUGGGUAUGAUGGUGUUAAGAUCUGGUGGGUGCCUUCGAUCAAGCUGCAUCUUGGACGGAUUAUUAUAUUUUGCGAUUUAUGUCAUUAAUUUCCCUCUGUAAAGGAAUAGACAACUGACAUGGAGGUUUCUUGAGUUAGGUUUUUUCUUACCACUGUUGCAUUGAACAUUUAUAUGCUUGGAAGAAAUAGAAAUUUUAUUUGCUAA